CACCCCUCCCCGGGCCCUGCACCCCUCCCGUGCACCCUGCACCCCUCCCCGGGCUCUGCACUCCUGCAAUGGACCCAGCACCCCUCGCCGGGCUCUGCACCCCUCCCGUGCACCCUGCACCCCUCCCCGGGCCCUGCACCCCCACAGUGGACCCAGUACCCCUGGGCAGGCCCAGCCCCCUCCGGGCACCCCGCCGCCAGUCCCGCACUGGUCCCAGCAAGGCGGCGGCACUGGCGGCCCCGGGGGUCGCGGCAUCCCCGUGGGAGGUGCUAAUUUGGGGGGGGGAGGCUCUGGCCAAUCAGAACGCAGCGCUCGGGUUUGGCUUCCCCAUUCCUGGAGGACGCCUCUCUGAUUGGCUCAAUCGUGGCCUGGUCCAGCCAAUGGGAGCGCCGGGUGCGGGGGGUGUGCCGCCGGGGUUUAUGAAUGGCGCGGCGCGGGCCGCAUCCUGCCCGGGGGAGCGCGGGGCUGGGCCGGGGGCAGGGCCGCUGCCAGCCCCCCCGGCACCAUUGGGUCCCCCCCAGUUUGGCACCUCUGGGUCCCCGCUGUGGCCCGACGCAUGGCACCCAGCCCAGGCUGAGAGCAGGGCCUCACCCACGUGGCAGUCGCCCAAGAACGUCCUGUUUUAAGCCAGUUUUCUUCAAGUCGGUAAACGGGGGCAGGAGAUUAACAAUGAGCAUCUCCGAUAGCAGAGCGCGGCCCCCCGGCAGCAGGGCGGCCCCCCGGCAGCAGGGCAUCCCUCCGGCCUGCGGGGACCAGGACACGUCCCUCCGCCCUGCAGAGACCCGACGGUCACCCUGGCCUCCCCCGAGAAGGGGGCUGGACCCCCUGCCCGGCCCCGUGCACGGGCAGCUCCGAAACGUGCCGCCGGCGGGCAGGCACGGGGCAGACCCGGGGCGACUGCUCCCGUCGGAGCCCGGCCACCCGCCGGCCCAGCCGAGCCCAGCUCGGGGCGCAGGCGGGAGGAGCCCGGCCCCCUGACGCCCCGUCUCCCCUCGCAGCCGGUCCGCGGUGGAGGGCCAUGGUGCUGGUGCCCAACAGCACGGAGGUGGCGGGGGCGGGCGAGGCGGCGCGCGCGGAGCCGGAGCGGUCGCCCUGCGUGGUGGGCAGCGUCCCCGUCGUGUACUACAGCCUCUUGCUGGGGCUGGGGCUGCCAGUGAACGUCCUGACGGCCGUGGCCCUGUCCCGCCUGGCCACGAGGACCAAGAAGUCAUCGUACUGGUACCUGCUGGCCCUGACCACCUCCGACAUCCUCACCCAGGUCUUCAUCAUCUUCAUGGGCUUCAUCCUGCAGACAGCCAUCCUGGCCCGGGCGGUGCCCAGCACCUUCAUCCACAUCGUCAACGUGCUGGAGUUCACGGCCAACCAUGCCUCCAUCUGGGUCACCGUCCUGCUCACCGCGGACCGCUACGUGGCCCUGUGCCACCCGCUGCGGUACCGCGCCGUGUCCUACCCCCAGCGCACCCGCAAGAUCAUCGCGGCCGUCUUCGCCGUGGCCCUGGCCACGGGCAUCCCCUUCUACUGGUGGCUGGACGCGUGGCACGACGCCGACCCCCCCACCACCCUGGACAAGGUGCUCAAGUGGGUCCACUGCGUCACCAUCUACUUCCUGCCCUGCAGCAUCUUCCUGGCCACCAACUCCGUCAUCAUCUUCAAGCUGAAGCAGCGGAGACACUCGGGGGGCCGCCGGCCCUACGUGGGCAAGACCACGGCCCUCCUCCUGGCUGUCACCACUGUCUUCAUGGUGCUCUGGGCGCCCCGGACGAUCGUCAUGAUCUGCCACCUCCACGUGGCCUCGGUCAAGAAGGACUGGCGCGUGCACCUGGCUUUGGACAUCGCCAACAUGGUGGCCAUGCUCAACACCGCCCUCAACUUCUGCCUCUACUGCUUCGUCAGCAAGACCUUCCGCCGCACGGUGGGCGAGGUGCUCCGGGCCCACCUCCGGCACAGCACCCGGCCCGGGAGCGGCCCCUUCCCACCCCCGGCCCUGAAGCCACCAUAGCUGCGGGGCGGCACGGCCCUCUGGACCCGGGGCUGCGGCGCUUGGUGCCUGCGCAGCCUCCUGCUCCUCCCGAGCAUCCCCGGGACCCGGCUGAGACCCUGCGCCGGGGACACUGCUCCCGCCAUCCGUGGAGCUGGGGUGCUCACGCGGGUGGUGAUGGCAAGGGGAGACCUCUCUACUCGCCCGGCUGCGCCCGGUUGCGGUCACUGAUUUGGUCCCACCUCCAUUUCGGGGUGUGCUGCCUGGCGCCGGGCUCCUGCCGCGUCGCGGGGCUCCCCCGUCCCGCUCCCCGAGUCGGCACCGGCACCGGCACGGCCGCUCGGCCCCCGCUCCCCGGCGGCAGCACCCGGAGGGUGCCGGGAGCCCUGCCCUGUGCUGCGUCUGCCGGUCCUCGCGGGCCCGUGGGGACCGUGGCUGAUGGUGGCGGUGACGGUGAUGGUGGCCUCACCGUGUCCCUGUCGCUGCACGUCUCGGCUGCUCUCGUGCGUCAGCUCCAACCCGAACCGAAGCGUCCCGGGAGCGCGGCCGGGCACGGCCACCUCGGGGUGACCGGGCACGGUGCCCGCUGUGUGCCGAGGGGACGCGUCCUUCCGCCUUAAACCUCCGUGCUGAGACGAAAAC